GUGGAUGACGUAUACAGGAAAUGUAAACAGAUUUCAAAAGUGGUGUCAGUGAACCAUUUUUUUUAAGCUUUUUAUUUCUUGUCCUGAAGCUAAUUUUGCCGGUCGGAGUUAUGCAGACGUGGAGUCUCGUAUCUCUCUGUGUGUUGCUCGGCGUUGUCGUGAGAUGGGGCGUUUCGUUAAAUUCAUAUUCAGGGGCGGGGAGACCUCCCAUGUUUGGCGACUAUGAAGCCCAGAGGCACUGGCAAGAGGUGACCUACAACCUCCCUGUCCAGGAAUGGUACCUUAACACCACUGACAAUGACUUGAACUACUGGGGUCUUGACUACCCUCCUCUGACUGCUUACCACAGCCUGAUAUGUGCUUAUAUAGCCAAGAUAAUAAACCCUGAAUGGGUGGAGCUCCACAAAUCGAGAGGUUAUGAAAGUCCAGCACACAAGUUGUUCAUGAGAGCUACAGUCCUGGUGGCAGAUUUGUUGAUAUACAUCCCUGCUGUGGUUUUAUACUGCUUGUACCUGACCGAUGGAUCCGCUAAGAAAAAGGUUUCCACUCUGUUCUGCUUCCUUCUGUAUCCAGGGUUAAUCCUCAUCGACUAUGGGCAUUUCCAGUACAAUGGAGUGAGUCUGGGUUUUGCCCUGUGGGGAGUUCUGGCUCUCGGUCUGGGCUGGGAUUCAUUGGGCUCCGUGGCCUUUUGCCUGGCUCUCAACUACAAACAGAUGGAGCUGUACCAUGCUCUGCCAUUCUUCUGCUACCUGCUGGGGAAAUGUGUCAAACUGGGACCGAUGGGGCGAGGGUUUUUCCUGUUGGUGAGAAUUGCCUCAACAGUGUUGGUGACUUUUGCCCUCUGCUGGCUGCCCUUCCUGUCUGACCCCAGUCGGGCCUUGCAGGUGGUCAGGAGGAUCUUUCCCGUGGCUCGCGGCCUGUUUGAGGAUAAGGUGGCCAACACAUGGUGCAGCUUGAACAUCCUGAUAAAGAUCAGAUCCAUUCUGUCUAGUGACUCCCAGAUCUACCUCAGUACUGCCUGCACUCUCCUGGCGGUCCUACCGUCCUCUGUCAGACUCCUGACAAAGCCCACCUUCUGGCAGUUUAAACUGGCCUUGGCUAAUUCAUCUCUGGCGUUUUUCCUCUUCUCCUAUCAAGUCCAUGAGAAGUCCAUCCUCUUGGCUGCCUUGCCCGUCUGCCUCCUACUGAAUGACCUCCCCUUGGUGGCUAUUUAUUUCCUGCAGGUCUCUACGUUCAGCAUGGUGCCUCUGUUACUAAAGGAUGGUCUGCUGGUGCCCUACGUUGUGACCUCACUGGCCUUCCUCUUCUUUGGCGUCUUUCUCCUGUCUGCACUGGAGCACUGUUCAGAGGAAGAGCUACGAAUGGGAGCCUAUCACAAGCUGCUGUCCUGCCUACCCAGACUGGACCUGGCCUGUAUUGUGAGGUGGAAGUUCUACAUCAGCGUUGCGAUCAUGGCAGGUCUGAGCGUCGCGAGUGUCGCUCUGGUUCCUCCUCCACAUCUACCCGACUUGUUUCCUGUGCUGGUGUCUACUACUGCUUUCCUGCACUUCUUUGGAACAUUUGUAUAUUUCAACGUUGUACAGUUCAGCGGACCACCGAGCAGAAAGAGCCAGAAGAAGAAGAACUGAAUGGUGCCAAAGGGGAGUGAUGCACACUGUCUGCUCUGAAUGUGCAUGGAGGCUAUCACUCAUGCCAUCAUGUCCCAAGUGCAAAUAGAACAAAUGUACAACUGCAACAAUGAAUUGAUGGAAAGAAAAUGAAUUGAUGGAAAGAAAAUGAAUUGGCAACCAUUUUGAAAAAGAAUUCAUCGUUUUCAAAGUCAUUUUUGGUGAUGGUGCCAGCUGCUUAAAUAUGACAAUACCCUGCCUUUUCCCUUUUGCUCUUCUUGCAUUGCAGUAAAUUGAACAUCUUUGAGUUUUAGGCUGUUGCUUUUUCAAAACCAUAGAUUUGAUGACAUCACCUUUGAGAAAUUGUGAUUCUUCACAGUUUUUGUUGGUUGCAGGCCUACAUAAAGGUUUAUUAAGGACUGAAAAACAUAUCAACAUACUUCUAAUUGGCAUCUCAGAGGAGUUGUGACAUUGAGUGACAGCAAAAGGUAGUGAUAUUUCACAAGUUUGACCCAAUAAAUUCAUGAAAACAGUCCUCUCUUAUCCAAAAAUUCAAUAAGAAAGCUCAAUUUAGCCUUUACUUGAAGGGAAAGUUAUCUACUUUUUAUGUGGAUGUACACUUAGUGUUGCGGGUAAAUGUAAUCAGUUGAAGCAAUAAAUUCCUCAUCGCAUGCUGGAUUGACAGAGAAAACAUUUUUGUGCUGCAGAAGCUGUUUUCUUCAGGAAGAACUACAAACUCUUUCAGCUCAGUUUACUGGUAUGUCUAGAUACAUUCUCAAUAGCAUCCCAAAAUAUGAGCGAUGUUUGAAUGAAUUUUUUUUUACAAUGCAAUGCAUCCUGGAACAUGUAGGCACUGCUGGGAUGUCUCCGCAGCAGGAGAAUUCAGCUUUCUCAGUCAAAAUAGCAUGCAAUGAGGAAUUCAUGUUUGGACCAAUGAUACGUCACUCUUCAACUACAGUGUUGCUGGCUAAUCUCACAAGCAGUGUUCAGCUGAUACACUUGACUUUAGAAAGCUCUGUGCCUGUAUUCUCAAGCUUCAGUUGGUGGCCACAAUACAAUAACUGAACAUUGCAACAGGUGUUCCUAUUAAAGACUACUGGGAGAAGUGUAUGUUUGAUCUUGUGGUCACUUUUAAAUCUGUAGUUGACUUAAUGAUAUUGUAAGGUGUUCCUGUUAUUUUGUCCACACUCAGUACCUCUUCUGGGGAUUGUGAUUAAAAUGCAUUCCUGAUGGGACUGGAUUCAGGUCUAGCAUUAAAAGGUUGUGAUUAUCUAUUCAUGUGAAGUUUUCUUUUUUACGGUUUUCUACUGUAUAUUUUAUUCCAUCAUUGGAAGUUAUUUUGUACAAACUUAGUUUUUGUGAAAAUAAAUAAAAUUUCUCAAUGA